AUGAAAGUGCAUGGCAAGCACAGGAUAAGGUGGCAUUUGUUAGAUGAAAGGGAAAUAUUAUGGGCCAGACUCUGCCAGGGCUCGCAUAAGCGCGCUAGAUCUGAUAGGCUGUGCUUGCCAAGCAUUCCAUGCGUGUGCGGGCAUGGAUUGUCCAGUAUUCAGCUGCGCUGCAUAUUUUCCAUUCUGAAACAAACCUAUGUUACAGAGUGUAUUAAUACGCACACGGCAGUAAACAGAAUGGAAAUAGCAUUCCACAGGAACAAGUGCGCACUGAAAGACUCGCUCCGGAUCAUAAGGAUAGGGAAGAAUCCGUGCUGGAAGAGGAGGAAAGACCUCUUUUCAUACGCUGAAGGCCUUAUCAGCGCCAACAAGAACAUCAUUUCGCUGAACGCCGGAAUUCCAGAGCAGGCGCAGAGCGAGUUUUCAGCCCUCGAGGAGCAGUUUGGCUCCCUAUGGAGCACGGAGACCAAUGCAGACGAGGUGUGCCUCGUGUGCUUAAAAAACUGCCUGGAGGAGGAGAGAGAGGCGGUGCUGCUAAGAGAAGACGAAAUAGUGCACAUUGACACAAGGGAGGAAAGAAUAGCAGAAGUCUCCGAUAGAAUGGAAAGGCUCAACAACAAGACAGAGUUCAUUGAGUCUAUUAUAAACAUGCAGAAAGAAGAGCUGGACAGAAUAGCGUACACGACAGCCUCUGUAGAAUACUCCGAGGUGUAUUUAAGAGAGCUAGAGGAGACUAUAAAGAGGAAAAAGCGGAUGCUAUUUAUUAAAAGGUGGCUCAGUGGCAUAGCCGUGUUCUUCUGCUUUCUGUCUCUUCUGCUCCUUAGGCCGUUCAUAGUGUAG